CUCACAUGGAAACAGCGCUCGCCUGCCUGGCUGCUUAGGGUUUCCCGGGCUGGAGGCAUCAUCCCGGAAGGGUGGAGGGAGGGUAAGGAUGGCCAGUGCCAUGGAGCAAGCAGUGGUUACCAUCGUGAACGCCUACGAGAGACAUGCAGGUAUCAGAGGGGACAGAUACACGCUCAGCCAGGGGGAGCUCAAGGAGCUGCUGCAGAAGGAGCUGCCCACCUGGUGCCCGACCGAGCUUCGGGAGGAGGACUACAAUAAAUUCAUGAGUCUUCUGGACACCAACAAGGAUUGUCAGGUGGACUUUGUGGAGUACAUGCGCGCAAUUGCCUGCCUCUGCCUCUACUGCCACGAGUACUUCAAGAACUGCCCCCCCGAUCCCCCCUGCUCCCAGUAGCCUCUGAGCUGGAAGGAUGGGAGGUCUGGACUUGCUCCAUCUCUGCCCCCGAGGUGGUCCUGGGCAUGUCACAAACAGUCUCCCACGGCCCUCCCUGCCCUCCUUCCUGUAUCCCUUUUAAUGGGGAAUCUGCCAGGUUCGCCCCCGAAUGCUUCCCCAUAUCACAGGCUGCACAGCUUGUGAGCGGUCCAGCAGGAAAGAGCCCCACCGCGCCCCGGGCCCUGGUCUCCUUCCUCCUCCCCUGCCUCCCUGCCUAUGGUCUGCUUUAGGGAAGUCAAGGCCCAGCAGAGUGUGGACG